CUUCACGUCAUAGACAAUGAAUGAAAAUGGAAGACAUGACAUUGUCAAAGUCAACAAAAAAAUUGCUACAUACUCUUUGACUUUGUGAAAAAUUCUGAAUUCCAGGAUUAUUUCAUUUGUAAAAUCAAAAUAAAAUCGCAUGUUUAUUUGCGAAAAAGUUUGUGUAAUUAUACAUACAAAAUUUAUGGCAUUUUAAAUUACGAAGCCAAUAGUUUCUCUCGGUACUCCGCGCCGGUGUAAUUGUGAUCAUGGCGAAUCCGUCAUCAGGCGUUGUUGUACCACGAAACUUUCGCCUUCUUGAGGAACUUGAACAAGGGCAAAAGGGAGUUGGUGAUGGCACCAUUUCAUGGGGUUUAGAAAGUGAUGAUGAUAUGACUCUUACUCAUUGGACUGGCAUGAUAAUCGGCCCCCCUAGGACUCCUUAUGAAAAUAGGAUGUACUCACUCAAAAUUGAAUGUGGUACUAGAUAUCCUGAUGAGCCUCCAACUGCUAGAUUUAUUUCUAGAAUCAACAUGAACUGUGUAAACAGCCAAACAGGACUUGUGGAUAAUCGACAAGUUCCAAUUCUUGCUCGAUGGCAACGAGACUACACUAUCAAGACUGUGCUGCAGGAACUUAGACGUCUCAUGACUCUGAAGGAGAACAUGAAGCUCUCCCAGCCACCAGAGGGAAGCACUUUUUAGUUAUUUUCUUGCUAAAUAUGUCUAAACAGAGACCCAAUCUAGCUAUGAUUUAUUUGUCUGCAUUUUUAUUCUUAUCAAUUGCUUAUAGGUACUAUAUUGAAUGUCAACCAGAGCUAAUUAAUGUCAUAUACAUUAGCCUUUAUGUAAAAUAUGGAUUAUAUAUUAUAAUGCAUUUAUAAACUGGUUUGGUUUGAAGUUACAUUAAUUGUUAAUUUAUUCUUUCUAUAAUAGAUUGGGCAAACAAUACAUAUUUUGUAAGAAUUGUCUCUAAAAUUGCUCUUAACUACCCAAAUAGAGGUACGCCCAUUUAUUUAUCAUACCUAAAUUAUUGUGGCCUUUUAAAAAGUUAAACUUGCUUUGGUAUUUUUAAGGCUAGUUUACUGACCUUUUGAUUUAAGUAAUUUUUAUGCCUGUAUUUAUAAACAACAAUAUACUUAUAUUUAUUAGAAUCAAUGUUUUGAUUACAAUAACAGUUGCUUAUAAAUAUUGGCAAAUUUAUGUCUAACUUGGUUCCAUUUACAUUUUUCUAAUUUUUCUUGUUUUCAUAAUUCCGAAUUGUUAGAAAAAUAUCUGCUUUUCUUUCCAUGUUAAUAGAACCUGAUCAAGUGUAAAAUAUUUUAGGAAAUUUUUAUUUCUUAGGCACAUAAGAUAAAGUACUACUGGUUCAUAAUGAAGAUUUGCUACUUGUUGAAUUAUUCUUAAAACCUAAUUUAGGUUCCUAUUGAUUUUAACAUUUGAUUC